AUGACUCACGAGGUCAUAGAAGCGGAGGUGUUGCCUGAUGCACCACAACCCACUACAGUUGCCACCAUCUACCACCGACGCUUACCGCCACCGCCACCCACCAGUCGCCGCCACUACCACCACCCAGACAGCCACCACCCUCGUCGCCACCCACCCGCCACCCUUGCCACCUCCGCCACCACCAACCACUACUCUUGGUCCACCGCCGCUGCCACCACCACAACUCAUCGUCGCCGCCGCCACCCACCAUCGCUGUCACCACCCACCAUCGACGCCAACGGUCGUCGCCACUCACCAGUCACUGCCACCCGCAACCCGCCAUCACCUCCGCCGCCACCACCGUUGUCCCCACCUACCCACCAUUGUUGCCACCCAUCACAGCCUCCACCGCCACCAACCACCACCGACGAUCGCCACCACCCACCCAUCACCGCCACAGUCACCACCACCUAUCACCACCUACAUUCACCGCCACCGACCCAUCGACGCCACCCAGCGCCGCCACCAUCCACAAUCACCGCCACCGACCACCACCCACCGACCAUCACCACUCACCGCCGAUUUUAUUCUUUGUCUUUUCAAACCUACCAAACAAUACAUGACAAUAAUUCAUUCCAUUCCCAAUAG